UGAAUGGCGCCAGCGCUUCACGAGUCUCUUCCUUGACUGGGGCAGCAGCAGGCGCCCCUCCCCAAGGGCGAAUGGACCCCGAGGCUUGGCCUCACGCUCUGCGCUCUGGGGACGUGAAGAACAGGGGGGGGGGGCAGGCUGAGGGCAACGCUUUAUAGGCAGCAGACGCUGUUCUCACCCACCCACCGCUCACGGUGCGCAGCAGCCUCGGCAGGGACCGCGAGCCCAGGCUGAGCGCCAGGGAGACAGAAGCGCAGCGACUCACCCGCGGCCGCCGGCCACCCGCCCGACUCCGCGGCGCUCCUCAUGGGACCCCGGCGCCUGGCGUUCUUGCUGCCUCUGCUGCUCCUGCUGCAGACGGAUUAUAAAGGUGCUUUGGGAAAAAAACAUUCUAGGAAUCGAAGAGGAAUCCUUGAAUUAGCUGGAGCCAUUAAAUGCAGCACAGGACGCACUCCUUUUGCCUAUCUACGUUAUGGAUGCUAUUGUGGUCUGGGAGGGCAAGGCUGGCCCAAGGAUAAAGUAGACUGGUGCUGCUUUAAGCAUGACUGCUGCUACAGUAAAGCAGAGCAAGCAGGCUGUAAGCCCAAGAUAGAGAGCUAUAACUGGGAAUGUGAAGACAAUGCUGCUGUGUGUGAUUCACUAGAAGACAAAUGCCAAAAAAUAGUGUGUGAAUGUGACCGCAAAGCUGCCAAGUGUUUGGCUAAAGCCCCUUAUUACCCAAGGUACAUUUUCUGGCCAGAUUUUGUAUGUGGUGACAAUCACCCAAAGUGUAAGUUUUAGUGAAACAGGAGGACACUACUCUAAUAUUUAUAAAAAUCUGUAUGUGCUUUUGAAUUUAAAAAAUAAAAUUUCUCCCAUCAAAAAGGAUAGUGGUGAUUGAUUUUUUCCAACAAUGUUUGUGCAUGCCUAGUUUUCAUAAUGCAUAAGCUAAAAGAAAAUUUAGUGGUUCUUAACAGCUGGGAAACCGUAGCAGCUUUCGCGGACUAAAUAUAAGAACAAUUUUAUCAGAGAUUACUAAUAGUGUGUGAACCUUUAUCAUCACAAGCAGCAAUGGAAUGUUAACUAUGGGAAAAGCCUCUAGAACACCAGCUUUCACAAUCGUUAUUCACUGCAAGCUACUCAUUAUCUAUCACCCACAUAUGCAAAACAGCAUGUAGGGCUGGAGUGAAAACCUCCACUUUUAAAUUUCAUUUGAAUCCUGAAGCUAGAAUUUUAUAAUUAGAUUUAGCCAAGGGAAAGGCACACUCAGAGUGACACUGUCAACUUAAGGA